AUUAAGUGUGUAAGAUAUUAUGUGCAGCCUUGCCCUUUAGUUCAUUAUGCAACACAUGGGCUCUCACUCUUGUGUUGGCCUUUUAGCAGCCAGAGCAUGGAAAGAGGCGGAGUGUGUUAACCUAUCCCUCACCCCGGCCAGACAUGCACAUGUUGUGACUCCGAACACGGCACACAAUGGGAUCUAUUUCUGUAAAUGCUCUAGGGUUAUCACUCUACUUACCCUGAGCUAUCUCUCUCUCUCUGGCUCUCCCUCUCUUUUAUCUAACACUCUCACCCACUUGCUCAAAAUCAUGGCCGACAGAAACAACCGGGUCAGUGUUAAGAAGAAAGAGAAGAAGGUAGAAAACAAAACGAACGAUGAGAAGGACAAAGGGAAGGAGAAGAGUGUGAAAAAGCCUGACAAAGUUGUGAAAAAGCCGGAGAAGACCCCCGAGAAGACCCCCCAGAAGACCCCAGAGAAGACCCCAGAGAAGACCCCCGAGCAGCCCAAGACGGAUGAGGAGAAGACAAAUGGGCAGAGUGGAGGCGCAACGGGAGCAGAGGCAACAAACAGUGAAGAAAAUGGAGAGUUUCAGCCCAUAGAACUGCCACCGUUUGAGAUUGUCACUGGGGAACAGAUGAGCCCGUUCUACUUCAAGUUUCAGUUCAGGAACGUGGAGUACUCAUCGGGGAGGAACAAGACCCUGCUGUGUUUCAGAGUGGAUACACCAGGAGGCACCACAGAGCCCCUGAAAGGUUAUAUGGAGGAUGAACAUGCCACAGCUCAUGCCGAAGAGGCCUUCUUUCAACAGGUGCUUCCUAACCCUUCCCAAGAGUAUGAAGUCACAUGGUACGUAUCAUCCAGUCCCUGUGUGGCUUGUUUAACCAAGUUGGCCGCCAUCCUUCAGCAGCGCAAGAAGGUCCGUCUCUGCAUGUUCUGCUCCCGUCUCUUUGAGUGGGAGGAGCCGGAGAUAGUAGAAGGGCUCCGGGCUCUGGCAGGCGCCGGCUGCAAACUGCGGAUGAUGAAGCCGUCUGACUUCGUACAUAUUUGGGAAACGUAUGUGGAGAAGGAGGACGAGAGCUUUGCACCCUGGGAGGAUUGUCAGGAUAACUACGAGUACUAUGUGGAGAGACUGGCUGAUAUCCUCAAGUAGAUAUGCACACAAUGGACAACAUCUCCCCACUGACUGAACCACAAAUCGACAUACCUGUUAAAUCCCCAUAGGUCGAAUGUGUGUUUUUUGCAGUCACAUGGUGAUCGUGCAUAUCAGUAUUAGUUUGAAUGAACACUCAUGGUAACCUUUUGUAUUUUUUAUUUUGAUAAUUUCAUAGAGACACAAAAUGCUUGAAUGGUAUUUCUGUGGCACCUAAUGUAUACAAAUAUAAUCAUUUAGAAGAAGAAAGCAAUAAUGUUCAUUGUUGAAACAUUUAAUAUUGAAUAAGCUUUGGAGAAGACUAACUUACAUUCACUCACAUCUUGGGCCAGAUGCAUAAAAUUCACAACUAAAACAGUGUGUACACGCAAAAACAGAAAUAUGCAUUCUCUCCUUGAUUCUGUUUUAUAAAUCUGUCAUUGUAGGACUGGGUGAGUUUCGCCUCAACUUAAACUAGCAAACACAAACUAAACUAAAAUGAAAUCGAAAAGUCACAAAUAAAAUACAAAUUAAAACUAAUAGAAAAUUCAAAAUUAUUAGAUGUGUAGACUGCAAAAUAAUAACACAGUCAUUAAAGUUGAAAUUAUAUGUGGGAAAAGGCGUACUCAUGUUUUUUUGUGGGUACACAUCAUUUAUACAUCUGGCCCCAGCUGUUUGCUCUAAGAGUUGAAACAGUAACUUAUAUACAUUGAUAAUUAUCCUGUAGAUCAACACAUAUGUACAGUGCAUAUAAUAACUACUAAGGAAAAAAGCUAACAAUGUAUAUGAUUGAUGAUUACAUAAAUAAUGUUUCGUAUUUUAACAGUGCCUUUAACAGUUCAUCAAUACAAUGAUGUUAAAAUAAAAUGCUAUGUACAACU